AUGGUCGCUCCUCCGCAGAUCGCGCCGGCACGGCUGAUCGCUUCCACCCUCGUUUUCGCCGCCUCUUGCCUCUCGUUCGCGCAGGCAGCUUGCGAGUGCGGAUAUCGCGACCCACUCACAAACGCCCUCUGGACCGAUCGCUCCAUCACCUAUUUCAACGAGACCGGUCUCAACGAUGUCGUCACCCAGCCGCAACGAUCGCCGCGCAUCUACGGUGGAGCUACGCCAGGCGAGACCGGCGAUGGCCAGCAAUCGUGGUCGCUCGUAGGUAAUCUCAUCAACAAAUGGGAAAACAGCUUUGGCGCAACCUACCGCAGCGCUGUCAGCUACAACAACACCUUUGUCAACGACAAUGCCUUGGCGCUUCAGGUCUCGCCUGCAGAGCCCGUGCAUCGCAUCGUCAACGGCUCCCAGAUCGUCACUCGCAGACGCGACAUCCUCUACGGCUCCUUCCGUGCACAGAUCGAGCCCGCCGUCUCCCUCGGCGCCGGUGCCGCCUUCAAAUUUAGCGCCGCCUACAACGAUUCCGAGACGGUCGACAUCGGAUUCUUCACCUCGGAUGAUCCUCGCAACUCCACACUUCAGUGGUCCUGGUCCGCUUACGGACAUGGCGACCAACCUGUCAAGCUCAACAUCUCUUCUCUGGGCUCCACCGACUACCUAGAGCAUCGCUUCGACUGGCAGCCCGAGCUGCUUCAGUGGCGCAACGCCGCCACCAACGAGAGCGCCAAUUUUCACUCGGUCGAAAAGGGCGUCAACGCAUCGCAUCUGCCCAUGACACCCGUUCCUAUCAGCUUCCAAGCUUGGUCCAACGGUGAAGACUCGCAAUCCCAGGGGCCACCACUCCGCCAGCCUCUGCUAACCCACGUCCGCUACACGCGCUUCUUCUUCAACUCGAGUCUCGAAGUGCGCAAGUCGCAGUUCGACUCGCAAUGCUUGGCCGCGAGUGCAAACGUCGAUGCCAUCUGCAGCACCGACGACUUUGCCCUCCGCGACAGUACGCCUUUCGAUCUGACCGCGUUGAACAAGAUCAAACCAGCCAAAUCGUCCUUCAAACCUCCCAUGUACGGCGUCAUUGCCAUCUCGGUUGCUGCGGGCAUCUUCAUCAUGACCAUCGCGCACGGUCUCGUCGUGCGAUCCGUCAAGUCCAACGACAAGAAGCGUGCCGCCGCCAUCGCUGCUCAGGAAAAAGAUCACAACUCUGUAUCGCCUUCUUCCAGCGGAACCCACGUCGACGGCUUCGUGGCGCCGCCCUUCAUCGCGUCGCUCGCUUCCAAAGGCUCCGAGCUAAGCGGCAGUACCCCGCCACUUACUCCUCUGGAGAACGACAGCAUCGACGAUAAGGCUCACUUAUUUGGCAACACCACGGUGGCUACUUCAGGCACCAUGAGCCCCACCCUCGCUACAGCUACCAAGCCGGUGGAGCUCUGGACCGCUACCGACCUCGUCUAUGGUUCUGACAGCGAUUCCGAUGACGGAGGUGACUCGGAUGACGACAGUUCCGAUGCGCGCUCCUACAAUAGUCACCUCGACUUUGGAGAGAAGCGGCCUGCUGUGUUGCCCCGCUACGCCAAUGGCUCGACCGCCAGCUUGAGGCGACCAUCCAAUCCUCUGCUCGGACACGAAUCGCCAGCUUAUGGCGGCAGCGGCUCUGAGACUCCCAGAUGGUUCGAGGACAUGAAUCGAACGCAAGCGCUGCCGUACAUCGCCCCUGGCUUUGUCGGCGAAACUUCCUCUUCGGCCUACUCGCACAGCUUGUCGGGUCACAAAGAGUCUACCAGCGAAGCUACCAGCCUCAAAGGCGACUACGACGAGGUCGAAUUGACUGAUGAUCCUGGCUUGACACACAGCCGUCGACCCAGCUCCUCUCACCUCGGCAUUCCAUCUGCUGCAUCGAUUCAUGGCCAAUCAGAGCACUUGACACACGACCAGCUGCUUGCGAUGCGACCACGAAAUGGCUCUUUCUCGACCAUGCUCAGCAUGGGAGCUCCUUCGUCCAUGUUCCACUUCCAACACGAAGGUACCUCCCGACCCGGCUCCGUGUUUGAGAGCUACGGUUCCGAAACCCACGAAGCUUUCCAGCGGCCACAGAUCAUCCAGUGGCAGCAGCGAGACCUCAACGGUGCUGACGGUGAGGUUGGCGCUCUCGCCAAGCCCGAACUCGGUGAUGCCGACGGACGCAAAGCACGAGACGGCACCGGUGCGGGUGUCAAGCCACCCGAGACAUUCUGGCAAGCCGUGUUGCGCCGCACCAACAAUCUGCUCUUCAUCAAAGGCACAACGCAGGUCACCUCGACCGGAGCUCGCAGGAUCGACUACCUGGAUGGCAUGCGAGGGUUCGCGUGCUUCUUGGUCUCGUUCCACCACUUUAUGCUGAUCUACUACUUCGGUAUCACCACGCCUGCAGCGCCUCACCACUACCCCAAGUUCGAGUUCUGGUUCCGCUCGCUCAUCGGGCCGAUCGUGGUCAAUCAGGGUCUCAAGUUGGGUAUCUUUUUCAUGCUGCCAUCGCGAACCAUGACCAACCGAUACUUGCUCAAGGGCGGGCUGCAGAGCAUGGCUGAUGCGUCGGUGCGACGUAUUCCUCGUCUGGCGUUGCCCGUGCUCGGCGCUGUUCUGGCUAACUACUUCCUGAUGGAUGUAGGAGCGUUCAAGUGGGUACCGCGUCUGGCAUCGAGGACGUGGUCGACAUGGUCGUACUGGGGCAACUUUGACAACGUCAUGGUGUUUUUGGAUGCCUUCAUUUCGCUCUGGUGGUCCGCUCCUCCGGUACAGCCCGCUUUGGUGACGGGGUACGCGACCGGUGUGCUGUGGACGAUCCCUGUGAUUGUGCAGGGCACGUGGACGUGCAUGAUCUGUGCACUGGUGGCGCACGAGAUCAAGAACGCGUACAAGCGCUUCACCUUCUACGGUCUCUGCAUCGGGCUCAGCUGGUAUGCUCAGACGUGGGACCUCUUCUUCAUGGCCGGCCUCGUUGUAGCUGACUUGGACAGCAAGCUCAACUACCAGGCCAAAGCUGCUAAGGGUAUUCCUCUGGUUCCCGGCUUUGUCCGUCGCGGUUUGCGCCUGCCAGAGUCGGUCGACAAGCUUCGUGUUCACGGCCAGGUGCUUGCCUGGGCGCUCUUCCUAGCAGCAUGGGCUCAGCAGUACCUCUCCCAGAUCCCGGGUGCUCCCGGAAACGGCUUCGACAAUUUGGAGCACCGAAUCCACCCAGACUGGAUUGCGGAAGAGCCUCACGCCUGGACCGACGACCCGGGAAUCAGCUACACCGACCCGCGUGUAGCCUCGUGGGUCCUCUCGUUCAGCUUCUUCCUCCUCACCGAUCUGUCGGAUCUGCUUCGUGCUUUCUUCCGAUUGCGUGUCUGGUCGUACAUCGGAAGACAUGCGUUCGCCGUAUUCUUGAUGCACGGUGUCGUGUUCUGGACUUGGUCGGCGUGGCUCUGUUUGGCGUUGCUGACCGCAGGCGUGCCUUACUGGGCGACGAUCUUGGUGGUGUUCGUGACAUCGUAUGCGCUGCUGAUGGUGGUGGCAGAAUGUUUCACCGCUACCUUUGAUUCUUGGGGUGGACUGUUCUCCAAGGCUGUCUGGAGAGCUACCUCUGGCGGUCUCGGAAGGAAGGUCUAG